AUGUUCUGCCCAGAAAGCCCUCGGUGGCUGGCUAAGGGCGACAACUACGAGUCAGCGGAACGCGUGCUGACCAUGAUCCGAGGACUUGAGAGUGAUCAUUCUUACAUCAGACACGAGAUGGGGGAGAUACGGACCCAGAUUGAGCAACGAAGCACCACGAGAAUGAGCAAAACCGCCAAGGCGAAGAAGUUAUUUGAAAAGGGUGUUCGGAACCGCCUCGGUAUCGGGCUGGCUCUGAUGUUCCUCCAAAGCUUUACUGGUGUGAACAUCCUUAUGUAUUAUUCCCCUCGGAUUUUCGAAACACUCGGCGUUACUGGGACCUCCACCAAGCUCUUCUCGACCGGGUUUUAUGGAGUCGCAAAGACCCUCGGUAUGAUCACCUUUACGGUUCUCGUAAUUGAGAAGGUUGGACGACGCAAAGGCAUGAUAUGGGGUUCGGCGUUAGGGUGUAUCCCGAUGUUUUACAUUGGAUCGUACGUCAUGAAAGCCAACCCCAUUGAGGCAGCAGCAGCUGGAAGACCUGUCGCUAAGGACGGCUGGGCAUACCUCGCUAUCACUUGCGUUUACAUCCAUGGAUUCAUCAUCACGGCGACAUGGCAGGGGAUUACAUGGACGGUCUGCUCUGAGAUAUUUCCCCUGGACAUCCGCAUGCUGUGCGUAGCUCUCACGACAGCAGACACAUGGGUCGGAUCGUUCAUAAUCGCACGAACAACACCGUACAUGAUUUCUGAUCUGGGCUAUGGAGCGUACUUCUUCUUUAGUGCUAUCCUGGUCGGCAUGGGUAUUUGGGCAUUUGCCUUCGUUCCAGAAACCAAAGGAAUUUCGCUUGAGGACAUGGACGCUUUAUUCAUGAGGCCUACUCACAAGAUUGUUUGGGCUCAACUGCGGCGAAAGCCCUUCUCCACGGAGCGAGUGGAGGCCGAGGCAGAUGUUAAGAAUCUGGAAGUUGAGGAAAUUGAGAGAAGAUGA